AUGGAUCGUUUUCUCUACAGUUUGAAUGAGAAAGAAUUAGAUUACACAGAUGGUGAUAAUAUUCGGUUGAUAGAUGAACAUAAGGAGGAAAAAAUCUUGAACAUGAUUCGACAAUCUUUGCCGUGUAAUUGUACUGAUGUUACCGUGGGUCGUCGAGCAUGUGUUGGUGCAACAGUUUAUCGUUCGUUACUUUACACAAAACGUGGAAAAACAAAUAGUUACAUAGUACAAAUUCAACUGCAUCAUAAUCAGAAAAGACAUUUUAUGAGUAUUGAUUUCUUUGAAAAAUGUCAACACAGUCUGUACGUGUUUGGUGACAUCGUAUCUGAGUCAGACUCAGAAUUCUCAAGUUAUGCUAAAAAAAGUGAAUAUCGUAACAUAUUAUCCAAAACAAUUGAUCAUUUUUUCGUACUUGUGGAUGCAAAUGUUGUAACACGAAAACAUUUGUUACCUGUUGAAUGUCUCAUCAGGAAAUGUAUCACGAUCCAGUUGCGAACGUUCACUGUAUACGUGCCAUUGUCUCUCAAUUUUGAACACGAUUAAUUAUAAUUUUUAGCCUGCAUAUCUUUAGUUUUGUGCAUGCGUAAGUGAGGGUUGCUUUUCCACAUUUUUGCGUUUUUUGUCUUAUUAGCAACAUGUACAUAUGUAGGAGAUGAAUAGGAAUUAAGUGCGCUCGUUAUUUCCAGAUAUUCUUCUAAAACUUUAAUCUGAUCACCACAGGUAAAUCGUGUUAGAGUAACCUCGUGCAAGUAGAAAUGCGAAAUUUUUCCAUAGAGUUUUUAUUGAUACUAUCAUGAUAAUCACGGGAGUAUGAGGCGACUCGAUAUCUCUUUUGUUCCGCGUUCACUUUUUGAGAGAAGGAAAACGAGAAGCACUGGAGUAAAAAUGAGCCGAACUCGACUUGUUGCUAGCUACGAACUUCGAUACUCCUUUUUUAAAAGUAAUUACAAGAUAAGGAACGUGAGUUUAACGUAAAAAGAGGAUGAACGGCACGAUUCUGCCC